UCACAGCCCCGAGGGCAUCUCUUACUCUCAGCGAGAUGGGAAAGAUCACCUUCUACGAGGACCGCGGCUUUCAGGGCCGCUGCUAUGAGUGCAGCAGCGACUGCCCCAACCUGCAGCCCUACUUCAGCCGCUGUAACUCCAUCCGCGUGGACAGCGGCUGCUGGAUGCUCUAUGAGCGCCCCAACUACCAGGGCCACCAAUACUUCCUGCGUCGCGGGGACUACCCCGACUACCAGCAGUGGAUGGGCUUCAGCGACUCCAUCCGCUCCUGCCGCCUCAUCCCCCACCACUCUGGCACUUACAGAAUGAGGAUCUAUGAGAGAGAUGACUUCAGAGGACAGAUGUCAGAGAUCACAGACGACUGUCUCUCUCUUCAGGAUCGUUUCCACCUCAGUGAAAUCCACUCCCUCAAUGUGAUGGAGGGCUGCUGGGUGCUCUACGAGAUGCCUAGCUACAGGGGGCGGCAGUACCUGCUCAGACCUGGGGAGUACAGGCGCUAUCUUGACUGGGGGGCUACAAACGCCAAAGUUGGCUCUUUCAGACGAGUCAUGGAUUUUUACUGAAGCAUUUUCAUUCUCCGCUUUUUCUCCUUUAGAACCUAAUAAAACACGUAGCUUGUGAUUCUGGCACU